AUGGUGGCUCUGACAGUGGCGCGUAUGAGAUAUGCCAGCACGUUUGCUGCCCGAAAUUUGCAUUUUCAGAGCAGAUUUUCAGCGGGUUUGAUGAGUCAAUUCUCACGCCAGCCACGUUCACUUCAACAGCUGCGUCUCAGCUCGUCAACGCCACCACAGCAUGUCGAGGCAGACCACGAGAGAUCAGCUGCGCAGGCUUCGCCUGCGCAGCCGGUAACUCCAGCUAAGCCAAAACCCAAGGAACCGCUCUUGGAUAGAAUCAAACACGAGAUCCGGCACUACGUCAACGGGACCAAGUUACUUGGCUACGAGAUCAAGGUCUCAACGAAACUGCUCGUCAAACUCGUCGAGGGCUACGAACUGUCGCGACGUGAAAAAAAACAACUCAAACGUACUAUGGGCGACGUUUUCCGACUAGUCCCGUUCAGCGCGUUCUUGAUCAUUCCGUUCGCAGAGCUCUUACUCCCCGUCGCACUCAAAAUUUUCCCCAAUUUGCUUCCUUCCACGUACGAGUCCGGUAAGGAUAAACAAUUGAAAAAACAACGACUCAACGACGUCAGGCAAAACACCUCGAAUUUCUUGCAAGAAACGCUCGAGGAAUCCUCACUCAUCAACUACAGUUCUCUUGAGACCGUCGAAAACAAAAGAAAAUUUCUCAACUUCUUCCGCAAACUCAACUCGCCCAAAGAUGGUAACGCUAAUGCUUUCACGCACGACGAAAUUUUGUCUGUUGCGCGCAUGUUCAAAAAUGACACCGUAUUGGACAAUUUGUCGCGUCCUCAGCUUGUCGCAAUGGCCAAGUACAUGUCAUUGCGGCCUUUUGGUAAUGACAACAUCUUACGGUACCAAAUUCGGCACACUCUCAAGACCAUUAUGGACGACGACAAGGCCAUUGACUACGAAGGGGCGGAAUCACUCUCUAACGAAGAAUUGUACCAGACUUGUGUGUCGCGCGGAAUCAAGACUUACGGUGUCCAGCGUGAGGAUUUAGUCGAAAACAUGAAAAUAUGGCUGGAACUUCGUCUGAGACAAAAAGUGCCCAGCGUGCUCAUGAUUUUGAGCAGCGCGUACACGUUUGGCGGACUCUCAAGGGAGAAUCUGCAAGCGCAUUCCAAACCCGCAGGGGAGGUCGAAGAUAACAAGUACAACAGGCUAAUGGAUCUCUAUUACGAUGGUAUUCUGCAAGUGCUAAGCUCUAUUCCAGACCCAGUCUACAACGUGGCGAAACUCGACGUUUCCGAGGCGAAAUCUGCUGCUGAGACUGAAGAGCACGAGGCACGCGCCGCUACGGAAGAAACUGUAAAGGCUAAGGAACCCGAGGCACCACAAGAGACGCCCGAGGCCGCUGUAGUGGUCAACCAUGGCAUAAAACCCGCUACUCCAGCAGCGGAGCCCCAGCCUGCUACCGAGUCAGACAAGAAUAAAGCCGAGUCCGAGGCCGAGCUUGAAUCAGUCGAAGAAGAAGAACAGCGUCGUUCUGACGACAAUGAGUUCAAAUUGAAUGUGCUCAAAGAACAAGAGAAGCUGAUCAAGCAAGAAGAAGAGCAGGCCAAGUCUCGGUCCACUUCAAGACAAGUUGUUGCUGAUGACAUCGAGUUAGACGAAGAAGGGUCAAAACCACCCGUUCCGUUGAAAAAUGCGCCAGAAACUGCAGUGACAAAAUCGGAGUCGCAUUCCAAGGAAUGA